AUGGUGGCAUUCGAGCUGUCCAGGGGCCCUGCUCUACCACCACUCGAUGGAGAUGAUGUCCCAGCGAAUGCUACAGGUACGAAGAAGACCAAAAGGUGGCUGAAGGUUGGGGCGGCAGCCAUUGGCGGUGGUGCUCUUGUUGCAUUGACAGGUGGCCUGGCAGCUCCAGCCAUUGCUGCUGGGCUUGGUUCAGCAGUCACAGUCUUUGGUGGGAGCGCUGCUACGGCAGGCACUGUUACCACCUUUGCUGCAAGCAGCGCAGGCACAGCGACGAUCACUGGCACCCUUGGGGCUGUUGGCGCGGGUUCCACAGGUCGGAGCAUGGCCAAACGAACUGGAGACAUCAAGGAAUUUGGGUUUUGGGACCUGUCUGAGGUCUGGGACAGAGAGGCGACGUCCAGCAACGCAGAGGAUGCUGAAAUCUCUGAAGAAGCCCGCAAAGGCAGUCCUGGGUUUUUGUCUGCAUUGAAGGGCAGGACAUCUUCAAGUGAGGAGGGAGCCGGAUGUGGAAAAGGGAUUGGGGAACACAAUGAUGGAGCUGCGCAUGCGCAAGUGAAGAAGAAUCCUAAGCCCUCAAAGUGGGGUUGGAAAUGGAGACGGAGCACUACCACUGCUGAUCAUGGGGAGCCCUCCUCUUCCACACAAAGUGGCCAUGACAUUGCCAUUGACACUGAAACAGAAUCGUCCAAUGCACCACAAGAUAGCCAUGGAACUCAAUUUGGCAGCAAGCACCUUUCUGGAAGUUCCCAGCUCUUUGAAACAGCUGAACCAGACCAAGGAAGGCCUUCGUCCACCGACAACAAUGGGGAGGGAACCGAAAAGGCCAUCUCAGAGUUGGCUGUCGCUGUGAUUGAGCAGGAGGCAGGCAAUGAACAGGCAAAGAUGGCCUCCUGGUGGCGUCGGUGGACAACUCUGAAGGAGAAGAAGCCCCUGCUGCCAGGGCCGAUCAAUCCACACCGUCCUGACGGCAACAUGGCAGUGACGAUCGCUGUCACUGGAUGGUUGACAGACCACAAGGACUUUGUGGAGCCCUGGAACAAGCUCCCAGGCCUGGGGACGGACAAGUUCGCACUGGUGUGGGAAUCCAAAGUGCUGAAGGAAGUGGGAGACGCCCUGUUUACGAUGCUGAAGGCACAGGUGGCAGGGGAGGCAGGAAAAUUCUUCGUCAAGCAAUUUCUGCACACAGGUCUAAUUGCAGCGCUAACCUGGCCCGCCCUAGUCCUCACAGCGUCUAGCGUGAUCAUUGACAACAGGUGGGCCAUCGCCAUGGACCGAGCCCGACAGGCAGGGAAGCUUCUGGCGGCAUCCCUUGUGGAGCAGCUGCGCGGCAGCCGGCCUGUCACCCUUGUGGCCUUCUCCCUCGGGUCGCGUCUGGUUUUGGAAGCCCUGCUCGAGUUGUCAGAAAAGGGGCACCGGGGAAUUGUCGAGCACGCUGUGUUGCUGGGCACGCCGGCUGGGUUGGGAGCCGGGCAGUGGGCUGCAGCAAGGGGGGUCGUCGCGGGGAGGCUCAUCAACGGCUACUCCCAGAAGGACUGGAUUCUGGGCUUGGUCUACCGCGCCAGCACGGGGCAGCUCCAGAAAGCCGCCGGGCUGAUGCCCGUGGAGGUGGCGGGCGUGGAGAACGUUGAUUUGACGAGCGUCGUGGGCGGGCACACGGACUACAUAUCGAAGAUGAGCGAGGUUCUGAAAUGCGUCAACUUUCCGCAGUCGUGA